GCACUCUACAAUUCGAUCCUUUCACCACUUCACAACAUCCCAGGGCCGAAGAUAUGGUCAAUCUCUACCCUCCCGAUGCAUAUAACUAAUCUGCGAGGGAUUCUACCUCGUGUGCAGCGCAAGUUGUUCGACCAAUAUGGCCCUGUCGUUCGCGUAGGUCCGCGCGAUCUUCUAUUCAACUCGGCGCAAGCGAUGCGCGACAUCCAUGGCACACGCAAAGGCAGGGUCCAAGCGAUGGCGAAGGAUGAACGAUUGUAUCAAAAGUAUGGCACUGAAGAAGACCACAUUCUGUCAACUCUCUCCCAAGAUGUCCAUGCUAGACAACGCAAGAUGCUGAGCGCGGCUUUCAGCGAGCGGAGUGUCCGCGACCUCGAGCCUAUGAUAAUAUCUCAUACAGACAAGCUCGUGGAUGGCAUUCGCAAACUCGGUGUUUGCGGACAGCAAAAGGUCAACAUGAUGAUGUGGCUCAACUACAUCACUUUCGACAUCACUGGCUAUCUGGUCUUUGGUGAGAGCUUUGGCUGUCUUGACAAUGGUCAACUUCACCCUUGGGUAGCUUUCGUUCUGGACGCGGCAAAAGCUCAAGUUUUCAUGAGCGCACUCCAGCAGAUACCUGGCGCAAAUAUGCUCAUCCCACAUCUGAUUCCAAAAAAGGUUAUGGACAACUUAGAGCAGCAUCGGGCUUUGACCGAGCAGAGACUCAAUCAGCGACUGGAGGAAGGACCUGCCGCAAGCAAAGUUGACCUUGUCGGUUUGCUACUGAGGGACGGUCUGAGCCAGAGCGGCGGUGGGAUCAGAUCGGGAGAAGACCACAUAAGCAAAGGAGAACUGCUUGCAAAUACAGCAGUUCUCAUCAACGCCGGCGCCGAAACCUCCGCCACAACCCUCUCUGGUGCCAUCUUCUUCCUCUCCACCUGCUCGCCAGCCCGCAUCUCCCGCCUUGCCACAGAAAUUCGCACAGCUUUCCCCACGGUCUCAUCGAUCAACGCCCUUCAAGCCUCCCAUUUGCCGUACCUCAACGCCGUGCUUCAGGAAACUCUCCGCUACUACCCUCCCGCAGCCGAUCGUGCUCCACGCAGAACACCACCAGAAGGUAUGACCAUCGACGGACACUUCAUCGCGGGUAAUACCUACGUCGGUGUUCCACAUUUCGCUGCGUACCACAGCGCUUCAAACUUCCAUCGACCAGAUGAGUGGAUUCCUGAGCGUUGGCUAGAUGACGAAUGCGCGGAGUAUGGUUGUGAAAAUGACCAGAGGGACGUGAUGCAGGCAUUUAGUCUGGGAACGUAUGGCUGUUUGGGAAUCAAUUUGGCUUGGGCGGAGUUGCGGAUCAUUCUGUGCAGAUUGGUGUGGGAGUUUGAGUUUGAGUUGUGUCCUGGGCAGGAGAAGUGGAUGGAUGAGCAGAAGGCGUACAUUCUGUGGGAUAAGCCGGGCUUGUGGGUGGAUCUGAAAGAGAGGAACGGAUGAGAGAAGGCAAC